CUUUAUAUCUCGCGUUUGCAACAUCGCAUACGAUACCGAUAUACCGCGCUAGUGAGUUGUUAUUUAGUCUCUUCAUUUAAAAAACGUGUGUCGGAAAAGUGACUUUGAAGGAUAUUCAGUUUAAAUAUCGUCAAGUCAUACGCAAAAUAAUGAGCUAAAAAUUAGCACUGGAAUUUGACUGAAAUUUUCGCUUAUAAAAAAAACUCCGAGAGUAGUGAAUGAAAAUCAGCCUCGAAAUAAGUGCGGUGAAACGUCGUUUAAAAAAAAAAAAUAAGAAGAAAAACCUUGUAAAAGAGCGUAUGUAUAAUUUAUGUGAUUUACUUAACUGCGAGAUCAAAGUUAUGCUGAGAUGAGGUGUUGUCUUUGCUAACAUUGACUGGGCUCGUUGACAUGACUCAAUCAUGUUUUUAUUGUGUGUUUCAUAAGUCGUAUUAAAUAAUAAUGAAUGCAGACAAGUCGUGACUACAAUUUAUUGUGUUUGAGAUAAAAAAUCAGAAGAAAUAAAACGAAGAAUAAUAAACAACAAAAAAACCAAAUUUGCUAAUAGAAAAUAUACAAAAGAAAAAUGUGUCUGGAGACAGAAAUUUAGUAGAAAGAUAAAAAUCUGUGCGCAACAUUACGAAAAUUUGGAACACAAACAGCAAAGAUCGAAAUAAUUUAUUAACAGAAAAUGGCUCUAGCAAACUAUACACUCCCGUUUGGAGGACUUGGCGGCCAGGGUUGGUCGGCCACAAUCAGUCCAAUACAACAACAUGCAACUGCUGUGAAUAAUCUCUUAUACGGUCCAGCUGGACAUCAAGAAAGUGAAUUGGAUGCCGACGGAACGAACGCGGAAUAUUACAAAAACGAUCCGUACGCGACACCAUCACACCGGGUAACACAACAAAAUUACCGUCGAAACAACAACGAAUACCUGCCGCCCGUGCCCAUCCAAUACAAUACUCAAUCGACCCGAUCUCAGACCAGAUCUCAAUAUCAAACCCAAACCACCCGAACGUACGGUGAAGGCAGCUACUCAAAUUCAAAUGUACCGCAACGAACGGCACAACCACCAAAUACUCAAUUUUUUAACAAUUACAAUAAUCAGAGAGUUACGUAUACACAAACGCCGACAGCCACUCCUCAACCGAAUACGAGAGCCGGCACUAGUUCGGUUAGUGCAUCGUCGUAUCCGCAACAAGCACCUGGUUUUACAAAAGUGAAUGCUGGUCAGGGUUCGAGAACGCAGGUUCAUGCCGUUUUAGAUUAUGACGGAGAUGAAAAUGAUUAUUAUGAUGAUCAUGGAGCUGAUGGACACGAUCAAGGUGCACCCAAAGAGUCAUCCACACCAACAGUCACGCCAAUACAGGGACCCAUAUUUCUUAAAAACGGGACAGUUCCGGUAGUGCCAUUAUUUUCUUAUCCUACGCUUAAUAAUGGAACAUUUGUACAAAUUCCUAUUUGGUGGACGGCCCUUUCUGUGGCUCUAGGAUUAGAAAUUCGCGGCGAAGUUAUUCGUGGUACACCAUGUGUGAAGCGUUACAAUCAACUGUUUUGCCCGACAGCCGGAAACACAUACCCAGUUGAUCGCAUCGAACAAUUUAUCGACGAAAAUAAGGCACUGAUGCGGCGGAUGUACGGCGAUUUCGAGAUGGUUACACAAUAUGGUCCACCGGCGUCUGAAUAUGGUCCACCGAACAGUAAAAAGAAACGCGAGGCCCAUUUUACAGCAUGGAAUGCCUACAAUUCAACAUUCCCGCCCGGUGUUCCCGAUCUCAUUGGACCACCACAAAUUUUAACCGAAAAUGAUGAUGAUGAUGUAAGCGGUUCGGGCGCGUCAUACUUCGAAGAAUAUCGCAAUAAACGGCAAACGAAUCCGAAUGACUUCAGGAGUACAAAUCAACGUUCAACGAACGGGCCAACGAGACCGAACAUUGCGUUAAAUCCUUCCAUGGAACCGAAUACGGGACGAAUUGAUGCUUGUGAAUCGAAAACAGAAAUUGUUACUCCUUACUGGGCAUCUAAUUCUGCCGGAAAAAUUCGUGCUGUAGUCAAUACCAUGCAUUUCGAACAGGCGGUUCAUCAGGAAGUGUGCACUAAACUGCAAACCAGUCGUUGUGGCGGCGAAUGCGGCUGUGAACAAAAAUACAAAUGGCAUCGUCUAUUGGCCUACGAUCCCGACAACGAUUGUAAAGGAAUUUUCAUGGAUUGGUUCUUGUUUCCAUCAUGCUGCGCACCAACAUAUGCACCACCAGCAUAAAAAACCUUUUUCUAGAAAAACAAAAGAUUCUCACAAAGCUCAUUCACGACAAACAAAAAACUUUUUCCAUCUUACGCAUAUAUAAGGCUCUUUCAUUUUUAUUUUUAAUUUCCUUUUUCUAUUUUUGUAUUUAUUUUUACAAACAGAAAAAUUGACAACAAAAAAAUUACGCAAAAAAAAUCCUAGAAAUUAGUAAAUUGAACAAAAAAAAUAAUAAUUUUGAAACACAAAAAGGCAAAAAAGCUGCCAGAAAAAUCGUCGAAAUUAUCGCAGUUGUUAGCUUUGACGUGGACGAUUUUUAUUUUUAAGAUUUUUUAGUUGAGUCAUUAAUAAUUUUGUACAAUGAUUUGUGUCUUUCGUCGAGUGGGAGUGUUAGGGUAAAUUGUCCACACAAACA